GUUCUGUCAACAUCUAUAUCUUACGACGUAUAAGUCUGUCUGUGAAUCACCAAAAUUGUUUCGUAUUUCUUUAGUUAUGAGAGUAUAAUUUGAGUUUAUUAGACACUUAUAACCAGUAAUCAUGGAUGCAAGAGUGACAGUGAACUUUGUUUGCCAACGUUGCCUACAUCCAAUCCAGUUGGAUCCUGGAUUUUCCCAUCUAAAUGAACACAUUCUUGCUGAACUAGCAUUGCCAAUAUUCCCUGGUGAGGAAGCAGAAUUUGAUGCAUCAGAAGUAGACAAAUUAGUACCUCCACUACAGUUGACAGAUUCCGGCCAUCACCCACAUGGAUUCACCUUAGUAGGAGAGUCUGGGGAUACAGAGAAGUCACAACCCCUAAAGGUAGCGACUGGUUUAUAUGACCUGGUCAGCUCAAAUAGCGACAUUGACCACCCUCUUUGUGAAGAAUGCACCGAUGCCUUGCUUGACCUCAUGGACACCACACUCUCACGCACCCAGAGACAAGCGCAGAUGUCACAGCAACUGCUCAAUUCCCUUGCUGAUAUGCCAGAUAUGGAUGUAACAGCAUUGGAGAGUGAAUUGAAAAAUCUCCAAGCCGAGGAAGAGAGACUCCUUGCAGAGCUGUCCGAGGUGGAGGCUGAGCAGAAGGCCGCAAGAGAGGUUCUAGAGAAACAUGAGGAGGAGAAAGCACGAUUGGAGGACGAGGAGGAGAGAUAUUGGAGGGAAUACUGCACACACAAGUCUCAGCUCACAGCCAUGGAAGAUGAGAAUAGAAGCUUGAAGAGUCAGCUGAGCUACACACAAAACCAGCUGGAGAAGCUCAAGAAGACCAAUGUAUUCAACACCACCUUCCACAUCUGGCACUCAGGCCACUUUGGCACCAUCAACAACCUGCGCCUAGGACGGUUGCCAACAGCCCCAGUGACAUGGCCUGAGAUCAACGCAGCCUGGGGCCAGACGGUGCUGCUCCUGGCCUCACUUGCCAGAAAGAUUGGGCUCAAGUUCUCCAAGCACCGCCUGGUCCCUUACGGCAACCACUCAUACAUUGAGGUUGUGGGUGAAAGCCGGGAGUUACCCUUGUAUGGCUCAGGAGGCUUCAGGUUCCUAUGGGAUACGAAGUUCGAUGCAGGCAUGGUGGCCUUUCUGGAGUGUGUGGCAGAGUUCCAACAGCAUGUAGAAGCACAGGGAGGCCAGGCGGCACGCUUCUGCCUCCCCUACCGGAUCAACAAGCACUUCAUAGAGGACCCUUCUUCAGGAAAUUCUUUCUCGAUCAAGAUGCAGUUUAACAGUGAGGAACAGUGGACAAAGGCACUCAAGUUCCUGCUGACAAACCUCAAGUGGGGCCUCACCUGGGUGUCAUCUGCUCUCUUCUCAAGCACUCAGGGUGAAGCAUAAGCACAAAGAUUGCAAUGAAAAGAGAGAAUGAGGGUGUGAAAGGGAUGAAAGAGGACAGCCUGACUGCUUGUAAAGUGAUAUAGAAUUAUGUUCGUGGUUGGGACUGGAUUUAUGCGUAUACAUUUUUUUUUUUUUUUUUUUUUUUUUUUUUUUUUUUUUUUUUUUUUUUUUGGCAUUUUCUUUUUCUUUUCUUUUUUCUUCUCUUUUUUAUGGAUCUGGGGCUAGUUGACUUUGGGGAUUUAAAUCUGAAAAAGUGAUGUACUGUAAGGUUUGGCACAUAUAAUAAUUUAAUUAUUUUCAGAAUCUGCAUCAUUCAAAGGAUUGAAAGUUUUCUACACAAAAAUGUCAGACACUGUUCCCAAUUUAACAACAUAUUUUUUAAUUGAGUCUGUAUGAAUGAUACAUUAGACAUUUUUAGGUAGUGAACUGAUUACACAUUUUUUUAUUAGCAGAUAAUAUUAACAUUAAUUUAUUUAAUUAUAUACUUAAUUAUUGUCUAUCAAUAGUGUAUAACACAACCCCAUUUAAUAAUAUCAGGAAAUAUGCGGUUUUAUAUGUAAUGUAUUCACACUGCAUAUUAUUUUUUCCCUGUGAUAUUUUGUAUCAUAUAGUAAAUAUGGUGUAGUGAUAAUGUAGAAAAUUAUAUAAUGAGGAUUGUCAUUUUCUCCAAAGAAUAAAGGUGAUUAGAAUUUA